CAAACACUGACAUCCGAAAUAUCGUCGGGAUACAUAGUACUGUUUGUCAGAUCUCAACUUUCGCUGAGGUUGCUGGAACCGAAGAUUUACUUGUGAUGCUUGUCUAAAUCUCUUAUCUUAAUCACAGCCGAAACACAGCAGACUUCCUCAAAAAUCUCAGUGUCAUAUUCGUCCUAGUGGUGUUCAAGAAGAAGACGUUUCUCAAUUAACUGGAAGAUCUCAUACAGCAUGUAGCUGCGAACGCUGGUCCGAGUGAAGAGAGUCAUGUUCCUACAGCAAAUCGCGUUACUCGCGUGUUUGAUCAGUGGAGUCGAUAUCCCUCCUCCCCCUCCGUCGUCUUCAUCCUCAGAAGACGGUGUUUCUGAUCGUGAGGAGGAAUUGGAGGAGGCUUCGACCAAGGCUAGAGUCCCACAAGUUGCCUCUUCUCCAUCCAAGGAGGUAUUCACUGGGGUAGAUAGCAAGGGGAAACAUUCUGUCGGGAUUCCUCCAUCUCGUCCAAGUUCCGCAGCACGGAAAUACAGAUAUAACGCCCAAAAAACCUGUCCUCAAAUCCGCCGAAUCUCAAACGAAACAACCGCUUCUCCGGAAUGUCUCCCAGAAUCCGACGCCCCUACAUGCUCAUUCUUCGUGGAUACAGAACCUACCAAACCAUCCGCGCAUCGCUCUGCUAGUGAUGCCGUGCUUUUCGACCGUACCGCCGCCUGGGGCGGCGCCCCUCCAGGAGCAGAUGACGAACUUAUCGUAUAUGUUGCACCGCACCCAUGA